CCUGCCCGGGGGCCACUGACAGCGGCGGGAGAGAGCGGCUGGUCGCACCUCCGGCUCCGCCGCCCAGCCGCUGACAGCCUCCCGGCGCGCCGGUCCAUGCUGGUCCCGGUCUUUGUUCUGGGGCCGGCGCCGAGACAUGCGCGGCUGACGAUGGAGGUGGAGGACUCAGGCGGCGUGGUGCUGACCGCCUACCACUCGUACGCCCGCGCCCAGCCCCCCAACGCAGAGUCGCGCUGCGCGCCCCGGGCCGCCGCCAGCCACCCGCUCAGCAGAAAAUCCAUUCCUCGCUGCCGAAGAAUUAACAGGAUGCUCUCCAAUGAAUCCCUCCAUCCUCCUGCCUUCAGCCGUUCCAACUCAGAAGCCUCCGUAGACAGCGCCUCCAUGGAGGAUUUCUGGCGGGAAAUAGAAAGUAUUAAAGAGAGCAGCAUGGGAGGGCAAGAAGAGCCACCGCCAGCUGAGGUUACACCUGUGGAUGAAGGAGAACUUGAAGCAGAAUGGCUGCAAGAUGUGGGUUUAUCAACUCUGAUCUCAGGUGAUGAAGAGGAAGAUGGCAAAGCCUUGCUCUCCACAUUGACUCGAACCCAGGCAGCUGCCGUGGAAAAGAGAUACAACACCUAUACCCAAACCAUGAGGAAAAAGAACAAGCCAUCGAUCAGGGAUGUCAGAGACAUCUUUGCAGUCAGGGAGUCUCCUCCUCGUGAUAUCUGUGACAAUCACACUAAUCAGCUGGAUGGCACCAAGGAAGAAAGAGAGCUUCCAAGAGUUAUCAAGGCAAGUGGUUCCAUGCCAGAUGAUGCUUCUCUCAACAGUACUACCCUGUCUGACGCAUCCCAGGAUAAAGAAGGGAGUUUUGCAGUUCCCAGGAGUGACUCUGUGGCUAUACUUGAGACCAUUCCAGAUCUCCCAGUUCAUUCCAAUGGAUCACCAGAGCUGGGACAGCCAGUGCAGAACGCAGUCAGUGAUGAUGAUUAUCUAGAAAAGAACAUUCCACCAGAGGCUGAAGAGCUGUCAUUUGAAGUGUCUUAUUCAGAAAUGGUUACAGAGGCUCUAAAAAGAAAUAAACUUAAGAAAUCAGAGAUUAAGAAAGAAGACUAUGUUUUAACUAAAUUUAUUGUUCAGAAAACCAGAUUUGGCUUAACUGAAGCAGGAGAUCUGUCUGCUGAAGACAUGAAGAAAAUCCGCCAUCUCUCUCUGAUUGAAUUGACUGCCUUUUUUGAUGCCUUUGGAAUUCAACUGAAAAGAAACAAAACAGAGAAAGUAAAAGGACGAGACAAUGGGAUUUUUGGAGUUCCGCUUACAGUCCUCCUGGACAGUGACCGAAAGAAAGACCCUGGAGUGAAAGUUCCCCUGGUAUUACAAAAAUUUUUUGAGAAAGUUGAGGAAUCAGGUCUGGAAUCUGAAGGAAUUUUUCGACUUUCAGGAUGUACUGCUAAAGUCAAGCAAUACCGUGAAGAACUUGAUGCCAAGUUUAAUGCUGAUAAAUUUAAAUGGGACAAAAUGUGCCAUAGAGAAGCUGCAGUAAUGUUGAAAGCAUUUUUCAGAGAACUACCCACCUCUCUCUUCCCUGUGGAAUACAUACCUGCCUUCAUCAGUCUAAUGGAAAGAGGGCCUCACGUCAAAGUACAGUUUCAAGCCUUACACCUCAUGGUCAUGGCGCUGCCUGAUGCCAACAGGGAUACAGCUGAGGCCCUCAUGACAUUCUUCAGUAAAGUGAUCGCCAAUGAAUCAAAAAACCGAAUGAGUCUGUGGAACAUUUCUACAGUGAUGGCACCAAACCUUUUCUUCAGUAGAAGCAAACACUCUGAUUAUGAAGAAUUACUGUUAGCAAACACUGCGGCCCACAUCAUCCGCCUAAUGCUUAAGUACCAGAAAAUUUUGUGGAAGGUUCCAUCUUUUUUGAUCACUCAAGUAAGAAGAAUGAAUGAAGCCACGAUGCUGUUAAAGAAGCAGCUCCCGAGUGUCAGGAAGCUGCUCAGGAGGAGGACCCUUGAGCGGGAGACUGCAAGCCCCAAGACUUCAAAGGUACUGCAAAAAUCACCCUCGGCAAGAAGAAUGUCUGACGUGCCGGAAGGAGUCAUACGGGUCCAUGCUCCACUUCUCUCCAAGGUGUCCAUGGCCAUUCAACUCAACAAUCAAACCAAAGCCAAAGACAUAUUGGCAAAAUUUCAAUAUGAAAACAGUCAUGGUUCAUCAGAAUGUAUUAAGAUUCAGAACCAAAGGUUAUAUGAAAUUGGAGGAAAUAUAGGAGAGCAUUGCUUGGAUCCAGAUGCUUAUAUAUUGGAUGUAUAUCGUAUAAAUCCUCAAGCAGAAUGGGUGAUUAAACCCCAACCAAGUUCUUAAAAUAUCCUCAAGAUAGCUGCUAUCAUGUAUUAUAUGCCAAAAAGAUCCUACAUUUUGGUAGGGAAAAAACAACACUGUGUUUGACAUAUUUGUUCCUACAACCUUCUCAGUAUUUCUGGCCCUCAGCAGCGGACAUCGUCAGCAUGAACUACGGAAGGGGCACUGGUUCACCAAUUCAGCUGAAGCUUUCUCAUGAUAUUUUUUUUUUCAUAAAAGUAAAGGAAAGAUGAUGUGGUCCUUCCAGAAGAAAGAUCAAUCUAGAAUAUGGAACUCUAAUCACUUCUAGUAUUGCAGCUUCCUAGCAGAAAUGAACUUGGCCCUAGACCGAGGGAUAAGCAAUGUUCUUUAUGUAGCCAAUGCUACCCAACGAAAGAGGUGAAAGAGACCCUUUUUUAUACUUAAUGUACAUAGUUGACUUUUUGAGCAAGAAUGCCAGAAAUAGCCUUCAUUUCUACCCUGCAAAAUAAUCCAGAUCUGCUUUUUAAAGAGAAUCAGUUUCUAAAGUGAAACAUACAAUAUUUAUGCUCUGACUGACUCCUGAAUUGGAGGAGGAAGAACUUCUGUUUAAAGAAAACUGCAUUGUUACGUGCAUCAGGCUGUGUAUUGUGACUGUCAGCAUUCUGGUGCAAAUGAACUUUUCUCUAUCAUUGACUGUGGAAAAUUGAUACUUUUAAAGCAUAUUCUUCUAUGAGCACAGGUCCUCCUAGUGAAGCUUAGUUUGACAAAGGGUGUCAUAUGUAUUAACAUUCACAGAGCCUCUAUUUUCUCAUUAUGGUUAUGGUGCUCAGUAUCUUUCCAAGUGCCAGGCACAGGCUUCCUUUUCUGAUCAAACGUACCAUUUUUUUUUAUAUUUCACAACUACAGACAGUCACUUCUGCAGUCCCAAUGUAAAAAUGCAGAACUGCUUUAUCCAAGAAUGCUGAAAAAUACUGUUCUAUCCAGGUUUUAUAAACUAUAAAAGCAGAUUUUGCGUUUGUUAAUCAUAAGCAUGGCCGAGCAUUGUGGAUUAGCCUGAGGCUUAAAAUCAGAUGCAUGUCUGGUAAGAUGACCACUGUCUCACUAUCAAGAGCCUGCAGAGCCAUAUUCCAGACCUGUGACCGCCCAGAACACAUAGUCCCCACAUUUCUAAUUUGGAGCAAAUCUAAAAGGUUCUGAGGGAUGGGACAGCUCUGCCUUUCCUCUUGAGACUAUGGAUCCUUCUCGAAUUAGCUGGAAAUGGGGACAGAGUUCUCAUUGAUCCCAGACAAGAUUUUGAUGAAUUUAUAUUGGUUGUAAUAAGACCCAAAUGACUCUCUCUUAACAAUUCAAGCAGUAGACAGAGUUGCUCACAAAUACAGAAAACAUCUUUUUGUCUACUUCGCAAGUCUUGAAAUGUGGUAAUAUUUAAGCCCAUUUGUAGAAGAAAUCUUUUAUAUGGUAUAUUACACCUUGAUAUCUAUAUGAAACAUUGCUUAUAUUAAAACAUGUAGAUAACUUGCUGGAAUUUAGGAUUUUGUUAUAUUUUUAUAGAAAACACAAGAUCUAUUCAUUUGAUUUGUUCAUUUGAGAAUUUUUUUUUGCCUGAAAACCCAUUAAAAGGAAACGUGCCUUCUAUAUAAGUUUAUAUUUAUUCCUACAUUUUAUUCAUUUUUAAUGUAUGGAUAAUUGGUGGCACGUGACUACAUCGUGAAUUUCUAGAGUCUGAAAAAAAUGCUUUUUUCAUUUUUGCAAUUCAGACAACAGGGGUGAACAUUUUGCUUUAUGUAAUUGCCACGUCCCAAGAUGUAAAAUGGCAGUAAUUUAUGACCACAUAUGGAAGAAAUUCUUCAAAUAGCUACCUUAUGUUUCUGCAUAUAUAUGAAAACUGAGUGAUAUUUCUCAGUGUAUUUCCUUGCAUUCAAAUAGUUCAAUUCUGUUAUGUCUAUGUAGAUAAUUCACAAAUUUGUUCAUUAAAUUUUUUAUUUGAGAAUUUUUAUUUCUUUUGACCAAAAACACAUUAGAACCUGUGAGUAAAUUCUGAAGGUUUUAAGAUUUACUUCAGUUUGUCACCAGUUUCAAAUAAAUCCCUAAUAGGUAACAGGUAAAGUACAAUUUCUUGUCCACUUUCAUGUGGUUUUACAUGGCAGAGACUUAGCUGAGUCAAUAAGUAUAAUCACUCUAGUUUAUUCAAGGAUGUUUGACAACUUUCAACUUCCAUAUAUAUAUAUGGAAGACCAUGUCAAUACUAGUAUCAUUGGAUAUAACUUUUAUUCUUAAUCAGAGGGCAAAUUGAUUAGAGAAGAAUUUUUAGUAGAUACACAAACUAAUAUUUGUGUGAUUCAAGAGGUUCUUUUGACCAAUUUUACUCUUCAGAAUAAACAAACCCCUACAGUUAAAAUGCAAAGAUGCCUGUCAUCUAAGUAUUGAAAGAAUUUUUGCCUUAUCAAGAGUUGUUUUUAAAAAGUUUAAUGAAUUCAUUGCAAUUCUUUGCAAACAAAAGAAGGGCAGAUACUGGGCUUCUACAUGCUAUCCUUAAGAGCUUCUCCCCCUCACCCAUUCCUAGUGCUCUUGGUAUACACUUGGAAAAAUUAUGUCCUCCAGGAGAAAGUGUUAGAGGGAACUGACUUUUUAGGAAUGCUUAUUCAGAAAAAAAUCCUAGAGUUAAUUCAUUUUUUUUCCUCCAUUCUGCAAAAGAAGAUCCCUUUGUUAAGCAGCUCACUUGGGAAUAUGAUUCUUGGAGUCAAUGAUCUCUAAACAAACUGGAUUUUCAACUAUUUACAACGUCUAUACAGUAUAAACUACCUCACUCGCCUUUCUUGGGAAAAAAAAAAUGAAUUGACUUUUACAAUUGUUGUUACAAACUGUGCCUGAAUCUUAUUAUUUAAAUCCCUUCAAUUAGCUUUCAGUGUAUGUUUAAUAAUAUACAUUUAAUGACGAAAAACGUUUUCAGCAAAGCUUUAAAAGCAGAAAUACUGUGUAACUGUGAUCUGUGUGGUAUACUCAGAGAAUUCUGUGUCCUGCUCAUUGUCUUGAGUUUCUAACCACGUGCAGACGCGAGUGUUCAGGAGUAGGAAUUAAUGUCCAUCUUUUCUUUCAGGCAUUUUCAUCUGGUGUCCACCUAUUUCACUUGACUGAAAGCUCACAUGAGUUAAAAUGUCCCUUCUUACUAGCGGGCGGUUUCAACUGUUCUUUAUAAACGUUUAUUUGCCUUAAAAGACUUUGUGUUAAGGGAUUAAAUAGUUUCUCUGACAGGCAGUUUUUAACUAUUUUCUACAAAUAAAAAUAAUACAACAUGGGAUUAGAAUGUUUGUUUUCAAGCAUUUUUAACAGUUUUACACACUUACAUGCACCUUAAUUAAAAUUUUUUUUUUCUGUCAGACAUUUACCAACUAUUUUCUAAAACUAAUUUGAUUGACAAAUCAUGACACUAGAAAACACCAAUGUUUUAAGUCUUUGCCCAUCUCAAAAGCUAAUAAUGAUUCUUCUGUUCCAUCAGCUUUCAUUGUUAAGUAGAAUAUGUAUGUUGCAUUUUAUCUUUAAGAAAUAAAGAGAAAAACACUAAAAA